AUGGGAAACAGCCCGUCCAAAAAUGACCCUCUACCGAAUAGCCCAGCUACACUGAACAACGGUGCUUCCACCUUCGAGUCUCUUGACUUGGACCUGGAUGACACCGUGCCCCCGCUAUCUCGGCCUACCGGAAACGGUAGCGAACAUUUAGACCAGAGUUUGAAGAGCUUUUCCUUUCAAGAAAAGGAGACUCAAAACGCUCAUGCUCCAUACCCUUCUUCUUCCCCAACACCUACUUCCUUAGUCACUCCUUCUGUUGGACCCAAGAAUAUACCUCGUUCAGUUGCUUCCUCCCCGCUCAAGAUUUCCGACCGAAAAUCCCCUUCAGGUCGCCGUGAUGAGCUUGGCCUCGAAGUGGAUAUUUCCUUGGCCACUGCCUUGAACGGCUCUGCCGUGCGGUCUACAAAAGAGUGGUUGGCGCCUUCGUCUUAUCAGUCGACAAACUCAUCUUCCUCCAUUGAUAGUCUGAACGGUUUGUCUGUUUUCACCAACGGUGAAGUGAAAGACGAGAGCCUGAUCUCUUCAGUGUCUUCAAACCUGCCCGUGAACUUCAAGGGCGCUCCAUUCUUACAAAAAUCAGACAGUCUCGACCCUAUUCAGGAACUGUCUAGCCUGUCUUCGAGCCCAUCUUUCACCAACUCAGAAAUAUCCAAGGCAAGGAAGUCCGCAAAGUCAAAUGACUCCCAGGCUAUUCCGAAGUUUAGCGAUCUUGGUCGCAAGUUGACCUCAAGAGCCAACUCUUCUUCCGCUCCCUCAUCUCCACCUCUCAUUCCAAGCGCCAAAAGGGUUGAAUUUGACUUGGAUGGCAUUAUUGAUAGAUUGUUAAGCGUGGGACAGAAAAGAUCCAGCUCGGCUUUCAAGGCAAGAUCUCCAAGGGACAAGUUGCCUGUGACACCAAACGAAAUCAAGCAAAUCACUGCAAAGUCUAGAUCGAUCUUUUUGGACCAACCCACCAUGUUGAAGUUGUCUCCUCCCGUCAAAAUUGUUGGCGAUAUCCAUGGCCAAUAUCAUGACCUCAUCAGAAUCUUCAACUCUUGUGGCCAUCCGCCCCAUACCAACUAUUUGUUUUUGGGAGACUACGUUGACAGAGGUUACAAGUCGUUGGAAACUAUCUUACUUUUGUUGUGUUACAAGAUCAAGUACCCUGAGAACUUCUUUAUGUUGAGAGGCAACCAUGAGUCAGCCAACAUCACCAAGAUAUACGGGUUUUACGAUGAAUGUAAAAGAAGAUUACCCCUUGUCUCUGGCAGUCACAAGUUGUGGAAAAACUUCGUCGACGUCUUCAAUAGUUUACCUAUUGCAGCGUCUAUCAAUGACAAGAUCUUUACUAUCCACGGAGGCUUAUCUCCUGAGUUGCGCGACUUAAAGCAGAUUGAACAAAUCCAAAGACCAACGGAUAUUCCAGAUAAGGGCCUUUUGGCUGAUUUACUAUGGUCCGAUCCUGAUCCGAAAUUGAAGACAUUCUCCGAGACUCACUGGCCCAAAAAUGACAGAGGCGUGUCAUACUGUUUUGGUAAAAAACAUGUAGACCAUUUUUUGAACAAGUUCGACAUGGACUUGAUCGUGAGAGGUCACAUGGUCGUUGAGGAUGGUUACGAAUUUUUCAACAGAAGAAGAUUAGUCACAGUAUUCCUGGCCCCUAAUUAUUGCGGUGAAUUCAACAACUAUGGUGCUGUGAUGAGUGUUGACAAGAAGUUGUGUUGCUCGUUUGAGUUGUUGAAACCUCAAUGA